AUGCGCUUAACAUUGGAAGCUCAAGAGUCGGCAAGCGAGAAAACAUUGGCCUCCUUUGCACGUAUUGGAGCUGAGUAUAAGACAAGAAAUAAAUUUGCUGGUGUUACAAUUGAUGCAGUUAAUGGACCGACGUUACAAGCGACAAUCGGAGGAAGAAAGGGGUUAUUAGGUUUUGGUAUUCUUGGCGCUUAUGAUGUUGGUCUGGAUCAUAGUGAUCGACUUGGCAAGUUUACGACACUUGAUAUGGCAAUGAGUUAUACGCAUGAAGAUUUAAUGACACUUUUACAAGUGAAUGAUGGAGGACGGAUGAUGCAAUUGGACUUGACGCAAAUCGUCUCACCAAAGUUCAUCAUGUGCUCGAGAUAUGUGUUUGAUCGAAGAAAAGAGAAACGCGUGUUGAGAUUGCUGGGCAAAUACGCGCUGAACAAGACAGAAUCUUUGUCCAGUUCGAUUGGAUCGGAUGGUAUUUUUAUUGGAGCUUUUGAAUGGCGCACGUCCAAGCAUUUGAAGACGCGCGUGUCGGCGCAAAUGGAUUUGCGGCACUGUGAUAGUGAUUUACACCACCUUGGCGUGUCUAUCGAGAUCAGUUGA